AUGGCCAUCACUUCAGGCUGUUUGACUUCGCCGUCCUACUCGCUCUACGCCAACGGCGGUACUUCAUUCAAGUUCAUCGAGGACGACGAGAACGACGAGACCAAGGGGAGCACGCCGAGAAACAACAACGACGAGCACACGGCGGACAUGGACUACGCCGACAGCAGGUAG